AGGAAACAAGGAGAACGGGAAUGGAGCGCUGGAGAGAGAGCCGAGGAAGGAGACUGGCAGGAGCCGGGAUUGGCAAACUGGACACGGGUCAAGUGCCCAUAAAAUCUGCAAAGCUCUUAAAAAGCCAGUCCCACUGCCAGGUCAGCGCGGAGUCGGGUGUCUGGACCGAGGGUGUCGGUUGCACGGUCCCAUGCCUGCCAAGAAAGAUCUCCGGGUCGCCACCUCCUCCUCCUCCUCCUCCUCCUCCUCCUCCUCUGCCUCCUCUUUCUCAGCACCAACUCUUCCUCGCUUUACCCACCUCGAGCCCCCAGCCCCAAGUCCCUUAAGCUAGGGCUGCUGUGGAUAACACUUCCUCCUUAUUGGCGCCGCAGGACUGGAGGAUUUAACUGCUUUCUGAAGAGUCUGGUAACUUUAAAUACCUUCUCUUCUCUACUCGAGGCGGAAAGAGACAGGACAGGGACAGGGACAGUGGAGAAGGGAGAGAGAAGAGAAGACAGAGACAGAGACCGCCUCUGUGGUAGGCUUAGGAAGGAGGAGAUACGCUGCGAGAAUUUAGAGCUCCUGGGGGGAGAUUAUAGCUAAAACGUGAGUUUAGAAAACACUUUUGUGUACACGCACGGAGAGACGAGGUUACUGGAAUUCCUCUUUGGAAAUUGAAGAAGGGUUAGGGACGGCUGAACAGCAGAGUCCCACGGAUGCAAGGAUUGUCCCAGCCCCCUGGACGUACCUUCCUCCACCCCCACCUCCGAGUGCACUAAACCAACUACCGGAGACUGGCGCGGGUCGGGUGCCUGAGGGCGGGGGGAGGAGGAGCGGUAUUGCAAAGGACACACACUGGGAGAGGCUGGAAACUGUCACCGCGCAGCAGCUCCUCCUCUUUUACAGAUUCAAUACACAAACUCCUCCUAGCUGGGGGAGGGGGAGAGCAGAGCCAGCUCAUUAUUCUAAAGAAAGGGAGAGUGAAGGAGUUAGGAAGCCGGACUUGCCCCGCGGCGAGAGGAGGAGAAAAGAAGAGGGAGAAAUGCGGAGUGAGGAUAGAAAGAACUGCGAAGGGAGAGUGAAAGAAGGAAAGAGAAUGAAAUGGAGUUGUCGAACCCAACCAAGCACACUCUGAGAUGGUUUGUCGCACUCCAAAGAACACAGCCAAAUCUGGGUCAGAGCCUUGGACUUAAUUACCGCGUUUGAGACAUCAUUACACUUUGACCCACAUUCUGAUUUACU